CUCCUUCCUGAUGGCCAUUUUGCUGUUGUGCCAUUAUAGCUAGUCAAUGUCUCUCCGACAGCUUCAAGCAGAUUGUGUUGCCUGAUGAUCUCUCUGCUGGGGAGGGGGGGGGAGAAGGACAAGUGGCGCUGGCAGAAUGGCACAAACAGAGACGUGCAUAUUCAUCCAAGCCGCAUCGCAGCGUGAUGGGGUACAUCGGGAGUUGAGGAACUGAACAUUUAAGCCAAAUAUGGGAGCUGCAGAGGACACGCGAGGAUGGAGUGUUUUGGCCGCCGUGAUGCUGCUUGCAGUGCUGAGCCAUACGAACAGCGCCAAAGACCUGGAAGCCCCUCAGCCGGCCCCGGGGUCCACUCACCAGCAUCAUCGCCUGAAGAGAGGCUGGAUCUGGAAGCAGUUGUUUGUCCCGGAGGAAGACCCCGUUCCUCGUGUUAUCGGCCAGAUCAAAUCCGACUACGACCGCGGGGAGUCGGCCAUCCAGUACAUCUUGUCAGGCGAGGGUGCGGGAGAUGCGUUUGAGAUCGAUGAGUACUCUGGCGAGAUCCGCACGCUGAAGAAGCUGGAUCGCGAGGAAAAGGCCUUCUAUGUCCUCCAGGCGCAGGCCAUCAACAGGCACUCCCAAGAACCUGAGGAGCCCCAAUCAGAGUUCAUCAUCAAGGUGCAGGACAUCAACGACAAUGCCCCUCAGUUCCAGAACGAGCCGUAUGUGUCCAGCAUCCCGGAGAUGUGUCCCACUGGCACCACUGUGGUCCAGGUGAGCGCCACGGAUGCCGAUGACCCCAUGUUUGGCAACAACGCCAAGCUCAUCUACUCCAUCCUGCAGGGGGAGCCCUACUUCUCCGUGGAGCCAAAGACAGGGAUUAUAAUGACUUCCUGGCCCAACAUGGACCGCGAGGCCAGGGAGCAGUACCUGGUGGUGGUCCAGGUGAAGGACAUGCUGGGUCUGAGCGGCGGCUUCUCGUCGUCCACCACCGUCACGGUCAGCCUGAGCGACGUCAACGACAAUGGGCCCAUGUUCCAGCACCAUUUAUACACAUUUGCCAUACCUGAAGAUGCUGCAGUGGGCACCACAGUGGGUAGGGUGAUGGCAGAGGAUGCGGACAUCGGCGCCAACGCCAGAAUGAACUACAGCCUGGAGGACGACCUGGAGGAGAGCGCCACAUUCACUAUCAAAACUGACCGUGCCACGCAAGAAGGAGUGGUCAUGCUAGCCAAGCCAUUGGACUAUGAGUCAAAGAGACGCUACGUGAUGGCCGUAGACGCCGUCAACGAGCAAGUGGACACCAGCUUCCUCCCCUUCGAAGAAUUCACGGACAGGACCACGCUGAAGAUCGUAGUGGAGGACGUCAACGAGCCGCCCGUUUUCUUUUCGCCGUUCUACGAAUGGAAGGUGGCCGAGAAUGCCGCCGUGGGGAGCGCCGUCGGCGUCAUCAGCGCCCGGGACACCGACACCGUCAACGAUCCCAUGAGGUAUUCCAUAGAGAAAAGCAGUGACACCACAAAAACUUUCCGAAUCGACCCUUUCAAUGGAACGCUCACCAUCGCCAAGGCUUUGGACCGCGAGACGGCCACCUGGCACAAUCUGACCGUCAUCGCCAAGGAAGCUACGCACAAUCGUUUGUCCUCUACGGUGGUGGCGUCAAUCAAAGUGCUGGACAUCAACGACAAUGCGCCGCGGCUGGCCGGCCACUACCAACCGUAUAUCUGUGAGGGGACACAGGCGGGGGAGCUCAUCCAGCUGCUCAGCGCUGUGGAUCCAGACGAGCCUUCCGAGGGUCACCACUUCUACUUCUCUAUGGUUCCGGACAUACACAUCAAUCCUAAUUUUACCAUACGGGAUAACCAAGACAACACGGCCGGCAUCGUAGCACGCAGGAGCACGUUCACCCGCAAGGACCGCAGCCGUUAUCUCCUCCCUGUGGUGGUGUCGGACGGUGGAUCGCCGGCGCUCUCCAGCACCACCACGCUCACUAUCAGCGUGUGCAGCUGCCAGCCUGGCGGGCACUGCCCCACCGGCGGGGUGGAGGCCCUCGCUCUGUCCAUGGGGGUCAGUGUGCAGACCUUUGUGGGGCUUCUGGUGUGCUUGGUCUUGAUCACAGCCCUGUCACUCCUGAUGCUGCUGCUGAGACGACACAGACGCAAACAAAAGGCCGACCACAAGAACGUGAGCGAACUGGACCUGCCCGACACCGUAUCCCAGAAGGUGCUUUACUACGGGGAAUCCAGAGGACGUGUCCCGGUUUCGGGCCCUCCAUGCCAGCAGCGUGCCGCCGUCCCCGUUCCGCUGCGCCCCCACCCAAAGAGGAAGAACAGGCGCCUGGCCAUGGAGGAGGUCCGAGCCAGCAUCCGGAUGUCCCUCAGGGAAUCUCAUCUCAUCGGACCCGAGGAUGAAAUCUUCAGGCAGUUCAUUCUGGACCGCCUGGAAGAGGCAGAUGAGGAUCCCUGUGCACCCCCCUUUGACUGUUUGAGGACUUACAUGUAUGAGGGUUCGGGGUCUUCUGCUGGCUCCCUCAGCUCUCUAGAGUCUUGGACCCAGGAGGAGCCAGUCUCUGGUCCUAGACCUCAUUGGGCCAGACUGACGCCCUGGUAUGGCGGAGGGGAGGAGGACACUGUCUUCUGAUGUCUAUUAAAAAAAAUAAACAUCCUUGUUACCAUGGAAACUGGAGCUCAAGGUAGGAAAACCAAAGUGGACGCUGAUGCAACCUUUGACUCCGGCUACCUCAAGCAUCGGAAACCAGCACAAACAACCAUUCACACUCACAUUCAUACCUAUGGACAAUUUGGAGUCGCUAAUUAACCUAGCAUGUUUUUGGAAUGUGGGAGGAAACAUUCCUUAACAUUCAUUAAACUUUCAGACCGUUUUAGUGUAGUAAAUACAUCUGCAUCUUAUACUUUUGAUGAUGCGUGUCUUUAUUCGAGGAGCCCAGAGAGGGGCUAACGUCAUUGCAGCACCCCAAUGAAUGCGUUGCUCAGAUGCAAUACAGUAUGGGAAAACUUUCAAGGAAUAGUUUUAAAAAAUAUAUUCAUAUUGGUACAUGUUUGUAUAUUUGAGUGUGAAGUUGCUGUAUGAUGACUUUAGUGACGGUUAUAUUGUUAU